AUGUCUGAACGCGUCGRCGCUGGAUCCGUUUGGUCGAGAUCGGGGUAUACGCGCUCGAGAAACGUCGACAUUCCAACUGGCUUACCAGAAGUGUUGUCCAUCACCACUGCACUACAAUGCAAAUAUCCNUAUCCUGGAGCGAUGCACGAUGGCAGGGUAUUACGGCGCAGCAAUAUUUUUGAUAAAGCCGAAGGAAGGCAAAUCCUUACUCAACCGACUGUCAAUAUCAAUGGAAAUACGAUUGGCCCUUACCUUGUUGGAGAUAGCGCUUAUSCAAUCUGCCCUUGGCUGAUUAAACCCUACCCUGAAGGAACGAGGGAUCGAGACGAGAUUCGCUUCAACAAAGAGCUAUCUUCUGCAAGAGUUAAAGUAGAAUGCGCAUUUGGACAACUGAAAAGUCGCUGGAGAAUCCUUCAAAAGCGCUUUGACAGUGGCAUAGAAUUUGCAAUCAAGUGUACAAUUGCCUGCGCCGUCCUUCACAAUAUAUGUAUUCUACUUGGCGAUGAUUGGGAAGAUGAGUAUGAUCAUGACCCAAACCCUCCUAACCAAGCUUUAAAUGUACUCAGAGACGGUGACGAUAUAAGAGAAAUUCUCAAAAACUAUAUUGCUUAA